AUGUUCCCAAAUGUCAUGGCAGCUGAUCCAGAAAAAAGGGUGCAGGCUUUGAUUGUCAAACACUUAAAGCUUCUUGCAGAGAAAAUGAAUUUCUAUUUCCCGAAGCGUGAUCUGCAAGCUAUGGACUGGGUUCGAAAUCCAUUCUCCGAGAACAUUCCUUUCGGCCACUUACCAAUAAAUGAGCAGGAAGAACUGAUGGAAAUGAAAACGGAUCGCACAUUAAAAUGA